AUGUCUGCCGCUUCCUGGAGAGCCCACUUCACCUUCAACAAGUACACUUCGAUCGCUGCGCGGGCCACCCGCGAGGUCCUCAAGGAGGAGCAGCGUGCCACUGCCGAGCGACGUGGCUACAUGGCCCUCCGAUACCAGGAGUGGAAGGAGGGCAAGGCCGGCGACAACGUCAACAUGGCCGAGGCUGAGAAGAAGCAGCAGCAGUAA